CGCGCGUAUUUAAUGUAAUGAUUUAUGUGGUUCAGAUUAUAUAUAUAUAUAUAUAUAUAUUAUAUUUCCAUUGAUUCUUAUACUAUAAUCAUUCGUGUUAUGCGCAAAACUAUUCUUACAGUGUCAUUUUUAAAAUAAAUUGUUUACUCAAAUUCAAAAAGUCUAAAAAAAAUUUUUAUAAUGGCAGAUAUGUCAAUGAAUAUUGUUACUCCACGAAAAAUGUCUUUUGGUAUUAAUGGAAAGUUAAACGGUUUAGAAAGUAAAACACCUUUUUUAAUUGGAGUUUCAGGUGGUACUGCCAGUGGGAAAUCAACUGUAUGUAAACGUAUAAUGGAAAAACUAGGACAAGUAGAUAUGGAUCAUAUGCAACGACAAGUAGUUUGCAUUUCACAAGAUAGUUUUUAUCGAGAUUUAUCACCGGCUGAAAAACUUAAAGCUGAAAAAGGUCAAUAUAAUUUUGAUCAUCCAGAUGCAUUUGAUAAUGACUUGAUACUUCAAACAUUACAAGAUAUAUUAGCUGGUGUAAAAUGUGAAAUACCAGCCUAUGAUUAUAGAAGUAACAGUUUAAUGAAAGAUCAAAUUACAACGAUUUAUCCUGCUGAUGUUGUUUUAUUUGAAGGUAUUUUAGUGUUUUAUUUUCCUAAGAUACGAGAUUUAUUUCAUAUGAAAUUAUUUGUGGAUACCGACUCAGAUACUAGAUUAGCUAGAAGAGUUUCUAUUAUUAUAGUACCAAGAGACAUAAAAGAAAGAGGAAGAGACUUAGAUUAUGUAUUGAAUCAAUACAUGAAUUUUGUAAAACCUGCAUUUGAAGAAUUUUGUCUUCCUACUAAAAAAUUUGCUGAUGUUAUUAUACCAAGAGGUGCAGACAAUACAGUGGCAAUAGACCUUAUAGUGCACCACAUCUGGGACAUUUUGCGUUUGAAAAAGGCUGAAAACUCAUCCAGGCAGCAUCCAUACAUCUAUCAACAUAGGCGUACUUCGACUAACUCAUCCGAAACGCUCAGCAGAUGAUUUUAGCAUGAUAUGCGCACUUAUAAACAUUACACUUUGAUAUACUAUAUAUUGAUGUAGGAUAAAGUUUGCAGUAAUCUUAAAUCUUUUUCUUUUUUAAAUACAAAAUAUAUCUCUUGUAUACUUAUACAAUCGUAUUUAUAUUACAUUUAUACUAAGUCGCAAAUAAUAUUGCUUCUAGUAUGUAUGUACUUAUUAAAUCUUACUUAGGUAAGAUUUCACUAUUCCUAAAGCUAGGAUAUAGUGUAUAAUUAUACAAAAUACCUCGUUUAAAUAUUAAAUAUUCCAAUAUUGCAUAAUUAUUCAAGUUUACUCAUAAGAUUGAUCUAUGUUAAAAACGAUUUAGUAUUAUUUACUUAUAAGAAUCAUUAUGAAUAUACAAUGUAUAUAAAAUUAUGUAUGUUUUCAAAAAUUUAGCUUUUUUUACAUAAUGUUAUUUCUCAAUUAAUAAUUAUUUUAUGCAUCAGUAUAUAAAUUGAAAUUUUAUAAUUUAAGCGAACAUAAGAUAUUUCCUAGUAUAAUUCUUUGAAUAAUGUGAUAUUUUUAGUUUAAAUUAACAUAUUAUUCAUAUACUGCCAUAUUCAAAAACAUUUAAUUGCAUUAUUCAAUAUGGUGCUAUUCCGUUUAUUCAAUAUUUAUAUUUUUCAUAUGCUCAAAUCAUUUUAAUCUCAAUUAAAUCUUCAUUAUUAUACAAAUUAAUUAUAAUCUGAAUUAUGUAAUUUGAUACAUUGUUUAUUUAAACUGUAUAAGUGAAGUAAUAAUAAAGAAGUUACGUUCCCCAUUAUUACAAAA